AUGCCAUCUUUUUCAAUAAAUAAUGGUUUACAUAGUAAAUAUAGUAAUAUAUCUCAGAUAAUAUACUUAGAUAAUAAUGCAACAACAUGUGAAGAUAAAUCUGUUAUUGAAUCAAUGGUUAAUCAUUUAAAACAUUCAAAUUCAUUUGGUAAUCCAAAUAAUUCACAUUUAAUUGGAAUUCAAACUCGAUAUUUAAUUGAUGAAGCACGAGAACAAGUUCGAAAUUUAAUUAAUGCUUCAGAUACAAAUGAAAUUAUAUUUACAAGUGGUUCAAUUCAACCAAUUGAAGAAAUAGUUAAUAUAUGUCGUAAAUAUAAUUCAUCUGAUAUUAUUAUUCAUAGUGAUGCAUUACAAUCAAUAGGAAAAGUUUCAAUAGAUGUAUCACGUCUUGGUAUUAAAUUAAAAUCAAUUCUUUAUGGUGCACAACAUGAAUAUGAUCUUCGAUCAGGUACUGAAAAUGUUUUAGCUAUUAUUGAUAGUACAUGUCAUGAAGAUACUCAACAUCAAACAAUAUCAACAACACUUCAAACUAUUGGUCUUUCAUAUAGAUUAGCACGCAGCACGAUUCGAUUAAGUACAAGUUAUAUGACAACUGAUGAUGAACUUGAUCAAGCUAUAAUUCUUAUUACAAAUGCUUUCAAACAACAACUUUCUUCUUUGAUUGAUGAACAUCAAUUUCGUUAA